AGGGCUUCGCUAGCAACAACUCUUGGUGCUGAGGAGGGUUUAGCUGCUUCUGGAGCUUGGAAGGCCUGAAGUGAGACCUGGGCGAGAGGGCGGGACCGGAACUCGAGCUUCGGCUUUGUGCGGCGGCGGCGCAGGGAGGGGGAGAGAGAGAGAGAGAAUCAUCCAUCUGUUGGUUCACUCCCCAAAUGGUCACAACAGCCGGGGCUGGGCUAGCCUGAAGCCAGAAACCUGGAACUCCAUCCUGGUCUCACACGUGGGUGCUGCUUUCCCAGGUCGUAUCGGAUUGCCCACAUCCAUCCUGCAGUAAUCACAGUCUGGGUGUCUGUGCAAUUGAAGAUGAUGAGAGAUUUGGUCAUUCUUCUCACUGAUCCCACUCAGAUGUUCAUGUGAGAUGAACAGAGGGGGAGCAGUCAUUCUGGGAGCUGUGACAGUGGAAUCUCAUCUGUCUUUUGUCUCUCCCGGCUCUGUCAUUUUCCACAAGAGGAGCCCAGCGGAGGUCCUUUUCUACGAAUAUCAAAGCCAUGGCUCAGGAGUCGGUGGUGUUCAGUGAUGUAUCGGUAGAAUUCUCUCAAGAGGAGUGGGAAUACCUGAGUGAUGAUCAGAGAACUCUAUACAGAAAUGUGAUGCUGGAGAAUUACAGCAACCUGGUUUCGAUGGUAGGAUAUUCCAUUUCCAAACCAAAUGUGAUCUCCUGCUUGGAGCAAGGGAAGGAGCCCUGGUUGGUUAGCAGAGAGCUAACAAGAAGUCAGUGGCCAGAAUCAAGCUGUGAGACUAAGAAAUUCUUCCUGAAGAAGGAGAUGUGUGAAAUCGAGUCAGCCCAGUGGGAGAUAAUGCAGAGACUCACCAGGCGAGACCUUCCGUGUUCUGGGCUCAGAGGCGAUUGGGAAUGUGAUGACCAGUUUGGGAAACUACAUGGCUCUCAGAAGAGACGUUUCAGUCAGCUGCUGAUCACUCAGGAAGACCUGUCCGCCUUCAGUAAGCAUCCAUCUUUUACAUUGCAACAAAUCAUUAAUAGUAAAGAGAAAUACUGUGAAACUAAAGAAUACAGGAAAACCGUUAGACCUGGCUCACAGCUUACUGCUCAUCAGAUAAUUCAUAGCAUUGAGAAGCCCUAUGAAUGUAAGGACUGUGGAAAGGCCUUCAGACAUCCCUCGAGACUCACUCAUCAUCAGAAAAUUCAUACUGGCAAGAAACCCUUUGAAUGUAAGGAUUGUGGGAAAACCUUUAUUUGUGGCUCUGACCUUACACGACAUCACAGAAUUCACACUGGUGAGAAACCCUAUGAAUGUAAGGAAUGUGGAAAAGCCUUUAGUAGUGGUUCAAACUUUACCCGGCAUCAGAGAAUUCAUACUGGUGAGAAGCCUUACGAAUGUAAAGAAUGUGGGAAGGCCUUUAGUAGUGGUUCAAACUUUACUCAACAUCAAAGAAUUCAUACUGGCGAGAAACCCUAUGAAUGCAAGGAGUGUGGGAAUGCCUUUAGUCAGAGCUCACAACUUAUUAAGCAUCAAAGAAUCCACACAGGUGAGAAACCGUAUGAAUGUAAGGAAUGUGAAAAGGCUUUUCGUUCUGGUUCAGACCUUACUAGACACCAGAGAAUUCACACUGGUGAGAAGCCCUAUGAAUGUAAGAUAUGUGGGAAAGCCUAUUCUCAGAGUUCGCAGCUUAUUAGUCAUCAUAGAAUUCAUACUGGUGAGAAAUCCUAUGAAUAUAGGGAAUGUGGAAAGAACUUUAACUAUGGCUCACAACUUAUUCAGCACCAAAAUUUGUACUGGUGAUAAGCCAGAAUAUAUGAAACGUGGAAAGCUUUUAAUAUGGCUCAAAACUGUUCACAGAGAAUUUAUCUUGUUAAAAAUAGGAACAUUUGAUGUGUUAACUACAGCUUAUGAAGCCCAAGAAGAACCAUGUAGAAAAACACCCUAUGAAUAAAAGAAAUUUCUGAAGCCCAAAAACUCCUGUUUCUCUUGACAUCAGGUUCUUCAGUCUAGUAAAGACAGCACUUCAAACAUCUUUAUAACCUUAAACAUCAGAGAAUUCAUCUGGAAAUGUAAUAUGUGUUUUUUUUUUAAAGAUUUAUUUAUUUAUUUGAAAAUCAAAGUUACAUAGAGAGAAGAGAGGCAGAAAGAGGGAGAGAGGUCUUCCCAUUUGCUGGUUCACUCCCCAAUUGGCCAUAACAGCCGGAGCUGCCCCGAUCAGGAGCCAGGAGUAAGGAGUUUCUUCCAGGUCUCCCACAUGGGUGCAGGGCCCAAGGACUUGGGCCAUCUUCCACUGCCUUCCCAGGCCAUAGCAGAGAGCUGGGUUGGAAGUGGAGCAGCUGGUACUUGAACUGGCGCUCACAUGGGAUGCAGGCAUUGCAGACGGUGGCUUUAUCCGUUACCCCCCAGCGCCAGCUCCAAUCAUGUGAUUUUAAUUUUCUUUUUCUCCAUAUGUUGUCUGUAAUUGUUAUAUGCUUAAUAUUUUAAUCUAAAAGUUUAUGUGACUAUAGAAAUCAUCUGCUUACAUAAUGGUUUGUUUAAUAUCUGCAAGAAGUAUGCCCUUUUUUAUUUUUAAAGAUUUGCUCUUUAUAAAUUUAAAGUUUUCAUAUAUGUAUAUGAACAACUGUGCACUCAGUAAACAGAUCUUUUAAUAUCUUCAAGCUGUUUCAUUGUACCACCAUGAUAUAGUUUUAUCGAAUCCCUAUUGAUGAACACUGAAGUUUCCUCCAGUAUUUUGCCGUAAUACAUGCCAAUAGCUUCUCGGCCUGUUGGCUAAGAUCAAGUUGGGUAUCUGUUCUCAUCAGUUUAAUAAUACAUGUCAAGUAGUAAUUACAUGUCCUUGAUAGUUGUUCUCCCUAGGCACAUCUUCGAAUCAUGUCUUCUGCUUGAAUUACAAAAAUAAUAAAUGAGGCCGGCGCUGUGGCUCAAUAGGCUAAUCUUCCACCUUGCGGUGCCGGCACACCGGGUUCUAGUCCCGGUCGGGGCACCGGAUUCUGUCCUGGUUGCCCCUCUUCCAGGCCAGCUCUCUGCUGUGGCCAGGGAGUGCAGUGGAGGAUGGCCCAGGUGCUUGGGCCCUGCACCCCAUGGGAGACCAGGAGAAGCACCUGGCUCCUGCCUUGGGAUCAGGGCAGUGUGCCGGCCGCAGCGCGCCAGCCGCGGCGGCCAUUGGAGAGUGAACCAAUGGAAAAGGAAGACCUUUCUCUCUGUCUCUCUCUCUCACUGUCCACUCUGCCUGUCAAAAAAAAAAAAAAAAAAGUGAAUACAUUUUCCUUAUUAAAAAUGUAAAGAUUAUAAGAGACAGACAUUCUUUUAGAUUGCCAUUCUUAUACCUAUUUCCCUUUCCAAACGAUAGUCAUCAAUUUUUUUACUUAGCCUUUCUGAUCAUUUUUCUUUGUUUUAUGGAUAAAUGUCUUGAUGAUUAUUAUAAAGUGGAGAUAAUUAUAAUACCUACCUCAUAAUGUUUUGUCAGGACUAAAUGAGUUAACAGACCAGUGCUUAGAAUUGUGUCUGCCGUAUAAUAAAUACAUAAUUACUGAAUAUUAGUCAUUGUGACAGUCAUCAUUGUCAUCAGUAUUAUUUGUUGAAAGGUUUUAUGACUUUCUGCAGAUUACUCACUAUUAGACAAAGUAUUUAUUUAAAGAAAAACUCUUUGAGAGUAAUGGAUUAGGAAAAGUUUCUAUCAAUACUUAUUUCCUAUUGAACAUGAAAUUAAUAAUCCUGGAUGUUAGGGGGCCAGCAUUGUGAUGUAGCAGGUAAAGGCAUUGCCUAUGACACCGGCAUCCCAUAUGGGCACCAGUUCGUGUCCUGACUGCUCCACUUCCGAUCCAGCUCUCUGCUAGCAGCCUAAGAAAAGUACCACAGGAUGGCCCAAGUGAUCAAGCCCCUGCUAACCCUGUGGGAGACCCAGAUGAAGCUCCGGGCUCCUGGUUUUGGCCUGGCCAUUGUGGCCAUCUGGGGAGUGACCCAGUGGGUACAUGAUUCUUUCUCUCUCUCUCUCUCUAAAUGACUUUCAAAAUAAAUGCUCUUUUAAAAUAAUAAUAACAAUCCUAGGAAGUGCAGUGGAGGAUGGCCCAAGUACUUGGGCCCUGCACCCCAUGGGAGACCAGGAUAAGUACCUGGCUCCUGCCAUCGGAUCAGCGUGGUGCACUGGCCGCAGCGCGCUGGCCGCGGCGACCAUUGGAGGGUGAACCAACGGCAAAGGAAGCCCUUUCUCUCUGUCUCUCUCUCUCACUGUCCACUCUGCCUGUCAAAAAAAUAAAUAAAUAAAUACAAUCCUGGAUGUUGGUGGGAAAGUAGUGAGGAUAAUAUGUAGGAAGAAUUUCAUUCAGAUUGGCGUCCUUUUUGCAACAUCCUGUAAUACCUACGGUAAAAAUAAUCCAGAAUAUAGACAAAACAUUGGUUAUCCUGAAUAGAAAUCGUGGAAAGGCAAACAGCAUUAUGUUUGAAAAAUGGAUAGAAAGAUACCUUAUAGUUAGAGUUUUAAAAUGUUCUACUGAAUACAAUUCCUGAUGCAUUUGAAAACCUAAAACAGAGGGAUUUUUAGGAAAAUACCGUGUUACCAGUACUGAUUAAAAAAAAAAAAAAAAACACCAUACAGGAAAAAACUGUGGGAUCAAUUGUCUAUUACUGACAAAGCACUGAACUUAAUUCCUUUUUAAGGAAAACUUUACGAAGCUUGUGAGGAAUUUUUUCUUUUAAAGAUUGCUUUAUUUGUUUGGAAGCAGAGUUACAGAGAAGCAGAGGCGGGGGGUGGGGGAGAGGAGAGAGAGAGAGAGAGAGGUUUUCCAUCUGCUGGUUCACUCCCCAAGUAGCCACAAUGGCCAUAGCUGGGCUGAUCUGAAGCCCGGAGCCGGGAACUUUUUCUGGGUUUCUCACAAGGAUGUGGGGGCCCAACAACCUGGGCCAUCUUCCGCUGUUUUCCCAGGCCAUAGCAGAAAGCUGAAUUGGAAGUGGAACAGCCAAGACGUGUACCAGCACUGUUAUGGGUUGCCAGCGCAGCAGGAGGCAGCUUUACCCACCACUCCACAUCACCAGCCCUGAAUUGUUUCAAUUAUGUAGAAAUGACACCUAGUACCAUUCCAAUAUAUUGUCAGAAAUGCAUUGGUAUGACACAAGAAAACUAUUCUUAGUUGUCGGCUAUGAAGAUUAAUGGAUGCACCCUAAAAAUUAACAUACUGUUUCUAUUAAGAGAAUAAUGAAAAUGACCCUGAUUGGGACAAUACCUGAAGAGAAUGCUCAGUGCCCAGUUCUAGCUAGUUGUGAUGUUAUGUGGAAAUACAGGUUCCAUUUUGCAUUCUGCUGACUCUGAGAAUAUCCAGAAAUGUGUAUUUUGAUAAAAACCUUUUUGAGAGAGACAGCAAGAGAGCUUCUAUAUGCUGGUUCAUUUCACAAAUGUCCAUAAUAGCCAGGACUGGGCUGGGCCAAAGCCAGGAGCCAGGAACUCAAUCUGGGUCUCCCACGUGGGUGGCAGGGACCCAACCACUGAGCCAUCACCUGCUGCUUCUCAGGGCCUGCGUUGGCAGGAAGCUGGAAUUUGGAGCUGGAUUUGGGAAUUGAACCCAGGCACUCCAGUAUGGGAGGUGGGAUCUAAAACUUCACCCUAACUGUGAGGCCAAGUGCUCAUCUUACAUUUUAAAUGUGUUAUAGAUACUUCCUGAUUUUAAAUGGCUGUUCUGAUUUUUUUUUUUUUUUUUUUGGUUUAAAAAAAAAAAAAGAUAAACCCUGUGGAAGCCAAAGAUCAAUCAGCUGUGCACAUAGCCAAUGGCCUGUUGGGUUACUUUUGUAGACACUGGAGCAGUGGGUGUGCACAAAGUUCACAGGAGAAGCUUUCAAAAGAGCAAAGUCCUUGACACCCAAGGAGACUGGGGGAGUGAGUAUGGGGGAAAAUAGCACAAGACAAUUUCCAAUCAAAUUUCUCCAGAGACAAGUUGUCUAACCUUUUUUUUUUUUUUUUUUACGGGUAGAGUGGACAGUGAGAGAGAGAGAGAGAGAGAGAAAGGGCUUCCUUUUUCUGUUGGUUCCCCCCCAGUGGCCGCUACGGCCGGUGUGCUGCACUGCGUUGAUCCGAAGGCAGGAGCCAGGUGCUUCUCCUGGUCUCCCAUGCGGGUCCAGGGCCCAAGCACUUGGGCCAUCCUCCACUGCCUUCCCGGGCCACAGCAGAGAGCUGGACUGGAAGAGGAGCAACCGGGACAGAAUCCGGCGUCCCGACCAGGACUAGAAGCCGGGCUGCCGUCGCCACAGGCGGAGGAUUAACCUAUUGAGCCGCGGCACCAGCCAAGUUGUCUAAUCUUUUAAGUGUAAAGAUUAAAAAACAAACCAUGGGCCAGCACUGUGACUUAGCUGGUAAAGCUGCCACCUUCAGUGCUGGCAUCCCAUUUGGGUUCAGUCUCCGCAGCUCCACUUCCGAUCCAGCUCUCUGCUAUGGCCUGGGAAAGCAGUAGAAGAUGACCCAAGUCCAUGGGCCCCUGCACCCACAUGGCAGACCCGGAAGAAGCUCCUGGCUUUGAAUUGGCACAGCUCCAGCUGUUGUGGCCAGUUGGGGAGUGAACCAGCGGAUGGAAGACUUUCUCUCUCUCUCUCUAACUCUGACUUUCAAGUAAAUAAAUAAAUCUUAAAAAACAACAGCAUAAACAACAAACCAACCUGUAAAGCUGGGUGCUCACAUCCACUACGUGGUGCUAUUUCAACUCCCAGUUGCUCUCUUCUAACCCAGCUUCCUGCUAACACAUUCUGGAGGCAGCAGGAGAUGGUUCAAGCACUUGAAUCCCUGAAUUAAGUUCUGGGCUCCUGAUUUUGGCCUGGCCCAGCGCCAGCUCUUCAGAGCACCUGGGAAGUGAAUCAGAGGAAGGAAGGUUUCUCUUUCCAGCUUUCAAGUAGAUGAAAAUAAACAAAAACAAAAAACUUAUUUUCUUUGGGAUCUCUAGUGUGUGCAGGGGCCCAAGCACUUGUGCCGUCCUCCACUGUUUUCCCAGGCUCAUUAGUAGGGAACUGGAUUGGAAGUAGAGCAACCAGGACUUGAACUGGUGCCCAUACGGGAUGCCGGUGCCACAGACAGUGGCUUAACCCACUGUGCCACAGUGCGAACCCCAAGAAUCGGAUAUAUAUAUGUAUAAUUUAUUUUUAAAGAUUUAUUUAUUUAUUUGAAAGAGUUACACGGAGAGGAGAGGCAGAAAGAGAGGUCUUCCAUCCGAUGGCUCACUCCCCAAUUUGCUGCAACGGCCAGAGCUGUGCCGAUCCAAAGACAGGAGCCAGGAGCUUCUUUCUGGUCUCCCAUGCGGGUGCAGGGGCCCGAGGACUUGGGCCAUCUUCUGCUGCUUUCCCAGGCCAUAGCAGAGAGCUGGAUCAGAAGUGGAGCAGCCAGGACUAGAACUGGCACCCAUAUGGGAUGCCAGCCCUUCAGGCUAGGGCAUUAACCUGCUGCGCCACAGCGCUGGCCCUCAAUCAGAUAUAUUUUUAUAUUGUGUUUCCUAUUCUUUAGCUAUAUAUUUACACAACUGAAAUUUUAAGAGUGACCAAGAAAAAAAUGCCAAACCUUCUAGAACAACACUGUGCAAAUUUUUCCUGCAAAGGGUUGGAUAGUGAAUACUUUAGUCUUUGUGAGACAUACUAUUUCUGUUAUGAGUACCCAAACCUGCCAUUGUAGUGUAGAAACUUAAUAAAAGUGUAUAACCCCUUCAGUGUAAUGUGGUUUAGGUUAAUGUUUUGGGAUGGACUUUUCCUUUAACUCAGUAUUUAUGCUCGGGGCUGGUGCUGUGGCACAGCGGGUAAAUCUGCCAUUUGCAGCACCAGCAUCCCAUAUGGUUGCUGGUUCAAAACCCAGCUGCUCCACUUCCACUCCAUCUUCCUGCUUUUGUGCCUGGGAAAGCAGCAGCAGAUGGCCCAAGUGCUUGAGCCCCUGCAUGCAGUUAGGAGACAUGGAAGAAGCUCCUGGCUCCUGGCUUUGGCCUGGGGAGUGAACCAGCAGAAAGAAGAUCUCUGUCUCUUCUCUCUCUAACUCUGCCUUUCAAAUAAAUAAAUAAAUAAAUCUUAAAAAGUAGUAAAAUAAAAUACUAUCAGUUGUAUCACCACAUCUAUUUCUGUCCUCAUGUUCCAGCAAUGUUGGCUUACACUUUUCAAUAACUUUGUACUUGGAAGUAAAGAUAUGUAUAUUUUGAAUAUAUAGUUAAUAUUUGGAAAUAAAGACAUGAUUCUUCAUAAAA